AUGUCAGAUGUUGCAUUUUCCGUUUGUUCGAACGGGAAACCGACUGUUUUAACGGCUUUUACCGCGGUAAAAACCGUUUGGAAACGGGUUUUGGUUACUACAAUGUGUGUUUACGCUAUCAUGUUAGCUUGUACUGUUGUCCCGGGGAUGUUGAUAGCAUAUUUCAAGACCUACCCAUUUAUUCGGGUGGUUAUUGUGGUUCUCGGGUCGGGUUUGGAGCUCCAUUUGAUGGCGGUUACGAGCUUGGCGCUUGUGGUUUCAGUUAAUGAAGGGAAGUACGGGUUUGAUGCUAUCAGGUUCGGGUCGGGUUUGAUGGAGGGGAAACGGAUAUGUGGGUGGGUUUUGUCCGGGUUGUUUGUUUUGUUUUCGGGUAUUGUUCGUGGUAUGAUAGAGAUGUCGAUGAACGGUUGGGAUUUCGUGAGAGUUGAAUCGACGGUUGUGAUUAAAUUGUUAUUGGAUAAUGUGGUUUGGAUAUUUUUAUAUGCUUUGGUGGUUCAAUGGAGCUUUAUUGUGACAACUGUUUUUUACUUUGAUCUUAAGAAAAGAGAUUCUAUCAAAAGUGAUAGAGAUAGUGAGAUUAGUUUAAUUUGA